AGAGGAUCGUGUCUGCCUUUAAGUGAUUGCUGGAGAUUUCAUUUCGCGGAAUCGAAACUUCAUUUAUGAUUCAAAUGUUAUACCGGUGAUGCGUGAGAUAUGAUCGAAGAUACAUUGAAACGGAGCUGAAGUGAUGAGUGGCAGCAGGAGGACUAAACCCAACCGGGGUGGAGGACGCUUUAAUAAACCCAGAGGUGGUGGUGGUGGUGGUAGAGGUGGUGGCGGAGGCGGCAAGAAGGCUGCCACUGGAGACUGGGAUGAUGGAGAUGACUUCAGCCUGGAUCUGGGACCGAGGCGGCCAUUUAAACCCAGCUCAUCCAGAGGUUCAGGAGCUGGCCGUGGAGGUCCUAGAGGGCGAGGAAGAGCUCAAGUGCCUCCCAGAAAACACGAGGAGCAGCAGAAGAGAGAGCGAUUCAGACCAGAACAUGUGCAACUGCCUCUACAGAAGAUUCACAUGACAUCUGAGAACAAGCUACAGGUCAAAGAACUGCUGCGAGAACUUCAAAACCCAGAGUAUCACGCAACCUGCAGCGGCUCUGAUUAUGAAGCAGGGGAGGAAGAAGAUGAAGAGGAGGAGGAGGAGGAGUAUGAUGAGCUGGACCAUCGUGAGGAAGGUCAGUUCUGGGUAAUUCAUGAUGAUGGAGUGAAAUGUGCUGAGGAUUAUGAGCGGAUGGAGGACUGGGAAGAGGAGAAGCAGACGAAACCAGAGCCAGUGAUCUCCCUGUUUGCUCUGGGCACUCUUUGCAGGUAUGGUUUUGACCGCGAGCGCAGUAGGCAAGCUUUGGAGGUGGGAACUGGAAAAGAAUGUGGGCGUGGUGACGUUGGAGCGACAUUAGAGCUCCUCCUCUGCCGAAUGUUUACAGAACGUUUCGGCUCUAGUGCCCUGAGCCCUCAGACAUCUGACCGUCCAUCACAGGAGGAGUGUGUAGCUUUGCGACAGGAAGAGGCACUGGCUUUGACCGCCAUCUAUGGGGAACGCUUCUGUGAGCGCAUCAGCAGUCGUGUUUGGACUAUUAGUCUCGAUUUGGUGUGGCUGGAAGAACGGCGGAGCAAGAUUUCAGACUCCGCCCAUCAUAAAGAGCGGUCGAGGUCCGAUCAGAUUUGUAAGUUUUACCUGAAAGGUGCAGGUUGUAAGUUUGGAAACCGUUGCAAGUUUAAGCACCAACGUCAGACUGAAUCCAGCACCUCCAGAGGUUCUUCUGGACCGAGUCGACCGGGAUUUAACAGCGUAGAUCCUCCCUUUUACCAGCUGGAGAUUCGGUUCCAGCCAGGGAGCUUUUACCCCUUUCAACCACCAUUUGUUGCCUUCAGUACCACUGAUGAAUCGCUCUCAGGCGCGGGUCGCCUCAGCGUGACUGAGUGUCUUUUCGAGCAGUCCCUAAUUGCGGCACAGGAGGGUGAGCCGGUGGUCUACACCCUCAUCUCCAGCCUGGAGGAGGAUGGACCUGUCAGAGAGCUGAUGUCAGUUACUCAUCACAAGUACAGUGCUCCACCGCCUGUGCUGGCUCCUCCCACUGCCACUCCAGCGAGGGUCCGCAGUAAGAAUGUCUUGGACAACAUCACUGCGACCCAUACGGCAAACAGAGAUCAGUCAACCAACAAUGUAGAAAGCACGCAUUACAGAUUGAAACAAAAGGAAGAUGCAGCCCUCUUGAGAGAGAAUAUCGACGAUGAGCAAGAAGAGGAUGAUGAUGAAGAUGAAGAGGAAAGUAUCCCGGUGGAAAAUGAGAGCUAUGUUAACCUGAGGAAGAGGAUGGUGAAGAAGACUGAGAUCAAAGCUGAGCAAAUACAGCAAGAGAACAAGAAACUCUGCCGGGAGUUUAAGAAGAAACAGUCCUCCAGGCGCUAUACGUCUAUGCAGGAGCAGAGGCAGAAGUUACCAGCAUGGCUGAAGAGAGAGGACAUUCUGAAGUGUUUGGAUAAAAGUCAGGUUCUCGUUAUCAGUGGAAUGACUGGGUGUGGAAAGACCACUCAGAUUCCCCAGUUUAUCCUGGAUCGUUUCCUCCAGACUGGACGGCCGGAUGGAGUCGCCAACAUUAUUUGCACUCAGCCACGGCGAAUCUCUGCCAUCACUGUGGCGACUCGGGUGGCCCAAGAGCGAGCAGAAGCCCUGGGUCACUCUACAGGCUACCAGAUCCGUCUGGAGACUGUCAGGUCUUCAAGUACCAGACUGCUGUUUUGCACCACCGGUGUCCUCUUGCGGAUGUUAGAAGGUGAUGCUGAGCUCGGUGGAGUCAGUCAUGUGAUCGUGGAUGAGGUUCACGAGCGAACAGAAGAGAGUGACUUUCUGUUGCUGGUUCUGAAGGAUCUGAUUGUGAAACGGUCUGAUCUGAAAGUCAUUCUCAUGAGUGCCACGCUGAACGCAGAGCUCUUCUCCCAAUACUUCAACAACUGCCCCAGCAUCCACAUACCAGGACGUACGUAUCCAGUGGAGCAGUUCUUUCUUGAAGACGCCCUUGCUAAGACCAGGUAUGUCAUUGAGGACGGCAGUCCAUACCGGCGUUCCACAAAGAAGAACAAUCCACCAGGUCAAAGUGUCAGGACAGGGAAGGGGCAGACUCGUGUGGAAGAUCUUGAUGAUGAUGGUGGCUGGUCCUUUACCAACUUCAUGAAUAAAGAUUCAGUCAAAGACUCUGUCCCAGACCAACAGCUCAGUCUGCCGGAGCUCACAGUCCGAUAUUCCAAUUACUCAAAGUCUGUGUUGAAAACGUUGGCUGCUAUGGAUCUUGACAAAAUUAACUUGGAUCUGGUGGAGAGUGUGCUAGAAUGGAUUGUAGAUGGAGGCCAUGGCUACCCACCAGGUGCUGUUCUGGUCUUUCUGCCAGGACUGUCUGAAAUCAAGCAGUUAUAUGAACAUCUGCAGUCUAACAGGAUGUUUAAUAACAGAAGAGCUAACAGGUGUGUUGUUUAUCCUCUACACUCAUCCCUGUCCAAUGAGGAGCAGCAGGCGGUCUUUACCCGCCCACCUGAGGGUGUGACCAAAAUCAUCAUCUCCACCAACAUUGCUGAAACCUCUGUCACCAUUGAUGAUGUGGUAUAUGUCAUAGACUCAGGCAGGAUGAAGGAGAAGAGGUAUGAUGCCAGUCGCAGUAUGGAGAGUCUGGAGGACGUGUGGGAGUCUCGCGCUAAUGCUCUUCAGAGAAAAGGCAGAGCUGGUCGCGUGGCGUCGGGUGUCUGCAUCCAUCUCUUCACGAGCCAUCGCUUCACACAGCACCUUAGCCAACAGCAGCUUCCUGAGAUCCAGAGAGUUCCUCUAGAGCAGCUGUGUCUGAGGGUUAAGGUGCUGGAGGUGUUUGCAGAACGUCCUCUGGACUCAGUCUUCUCUCAGCUUAUCGAGCCACCUGCAGGUGGUAGUCUGGAAGCGGCUAAACAGCGUCUAUGUGCUCUCGGAGCUCUGAUGGAGGAGGAGACUUUGACGCCACUUGGAUGGCAUUUGGCCUGUCUGCCUGUAGACGUCCGCAUCGGUAAACUCAUGCUUCUGGGAGCCAUCUUCCGCUGUCUGGACCCUGCCCUCACCAUCGCUGCCAGCCUGGCCUUUAAGAGCCCAUUUGUGUCUCCCUGGGAUAAGAGAGAGGAAGCUAAUGAGAGGAAGCUGAGUUUUGCUUUGGCUAACAGUGAUCAUCUAGCCUUGCUGCAGGCAUACAAGGGUUGGUGUAAUGCCACACAGAGCGGCUCAAAGGCCGGCUAUCAGUACUGCAGAGAGAACUUCCUCUCCAUCCGGGGCUUACAGGAAAUAGCUUGUCUUAAGAGGCAGUUUGCAGAGCUGCUGUCCGACAUCGGCUUUGUGAAGGAUGGACUGAAGGCCAGAGUCAUUGAGAAAAUGAGCUCGAAAGGCACUGAUGGUAUACUGGAGGCCACAGGAUAUGAGGCAAACUCGAACUCUGAUAACACAAAGCUGAUGUCAGCCAUGUUGUGUGCAGCCCUGUAUCCUAAUGUAGUGCAGGUAAGGUCUCCUCAGGGGAAGUAUAAGCUCACUAGUAAGGGCGCUAUGAAGAUGCAGCCUAAAGCAGAGGAACUGCGUUUUAUGACCAAGAAUGAUGGAGCCGUCCACAUACACCCCUCAUCCAUCAACUACACUGUGAGGCACUAUGACAGUCCGUACCUAGUGUACCAUGAGAAAGUGAAGACCAGCCGAGUGUUCAUCCGUGACUGUAGCAUGGUGUGCGUAUAUCCCAUGGUGCUGUUCGGUGGGGGUCAGGUCAACGUGGAGCUGCAACGUGGAGAGUUUACCAUCUCUCUGGACGACGGCUGGAUCAGAUUCGCUGCCGCGUCUCAUGAGGUGGCAGAGCUGGUUAAAGAGCUGCGCUGGGAGUUGGAUCAGCUCUUAGAGGAGAAGAUCAAAAAUCCCAGCAUGGAUCUGAUCAGCUGCCCUCGAGGGUCCCGCAUCAUACACACUAUUGUGUCACUCAUUUCAACACAGUAACACACAUUGUAACAUCCAUCAUAUUUUCACAACAACCAAAUACACGUACGAUUCAAUGAAAGUGGCGUGUUUGCCAAAAACGGUCUUAUGUACAAACAAAUCAAGAGCUGGAUGAAACGUGGAAUCACUUGAAACUUGUUUGGUGUUGUGUAACUUUAUACAAACAGCCCUUAAAACCUGAGUCCAUAUUGGACUGUUUUUUUAGUAAAAUAAUACAAUGUUGCAAUUAUUUAAACACAGAAAGCACGUGCAUGAAUCUUGAAUGUAAAUCAUGGGGUAUUUAUGGCUACAUGUCUGUAUGCGUUACUAUAUGCGUCAAAUCAAAUAAACACGGUGUUGUGAUUCA